AUGUCAGAGCGUCGUGGGGUUCAGGACAUACCCGUGGACUACCAGCCAGUGGCCACACAAGCAGAUCACAUUCCAUCAACCUCAUCCUGCUGCAGGCGGCCAAACUGCAAUAUUGUCGCGCGAGAUGAGCGAGAAGUGUGCUGCUGUGGUCACGGGUACAUCAUACCAGUUUUCAUACUGUUCGUUCUUGUGCUGAUAGUCCUGCUGUUGCCUUGGGAGACCUUCCACCGCAACGAGGGGGCAGACGCAAGCACCCCUGGCCCAGUUGCGGCCGCGUUUCCAUGCCAACUCCAGCUGGUGGAGAGCCUGCCCACAGGCCUCAACUACAGCGGCGGCAACCACCCUCAGUUGAUGGUGAUGACCCUCAGUACGUUCGAGGCCUGGCAGCUGCUGCUGGGCAAGGCAAAGACCUCUGUGGACAUUGCCGCACCCUACUGGACGCUACGCGGUGUCGGUGUCAAUGACAGCAGCAGCACUCAGCAUGGGGAUCAGCUCUUUCAGCGCCUGCUCUCCAACGGCGAUGCGGGUAGGCCGAAACUGCGCAUACGAAUCGCCCUGAACCGCAGCCAGGAGAGUAUCUGGCAUGCGGACGCCAGGAUCUUCUCCAACUACGGGGCUGCCGAUGUGGUGGCAGUUGAGCGGCUGCGCGGAAAUUUUUGGAUUGUGGAUGGACAGCACUUCUACCUAGGCAGCGCCAACAUGGACUGGCGAUCGCUGAGCCAGCGCAAGGAAAUGGGUGUUUUGGGGCAAAACUGUCCCCAUCUGACCCGUGAUCUGGGGAAGAUUUUCAAGGCCUAUUGGUACUUGGGCAGCAACGAUAUGCCCAGCUACUGGCCCUGGAUCUAUCACACGCACAUCAAUCAGCGGCGACCAUUGCUGCUAAAUGUGAACAUGAAUUACACAAUGCACGCCUACAUCUCCAGUUCACCGCCUCCGCUGGCGGCCUCAGGGCGUGCGCAUGAACUAGAUGCCGUCCUUAAUGCCAUCGACAAGGCGACGGAACUCGUCUGCAUUGCUUUGGUGGACUAUUAUCCAUUAUUGAGGCACGAAAGCCAGGUAGAAUAUUGGCCGCUUAUAGAUAAUGCUCUGCGCAAGGCUGCCGUCGAAAGAGGAGUGGUCAUCAAACUGCUCAUAUCCUGGUGGAAGUAUUCCGAUCCAAGCGAAGAUCACUUUCUACGCUCGCUGCAGGCCCUCUCCCAGCUGAGGGAAGAAGUCGACAUAGAAAUUCGCCGCUUUGUGGUUCCCACCACAGAGGCUCACGAAAAGAUCGCCCACGGACGUGUCAGUCAUAAUUCCUACAUGGUCACGGAGGAUGUCGUCUAUAUUGGAACCUCCAGCUGGUCGGGGGAGCAAUUCACUUACUCGGCUGGUGUGGGACUAGUCCUCCACGACAUGGUAUACAAUAACAAAAGUCUUCGCACAGAUUUAUUAGCUGUUUUCCAUCGAGAUUGGUUUAGUCCGUUUUCGCUGCCACUGAAGCACAAUUUUCGGAUUUAAAUACGUCCGCCUUACCUCAGGCAGUUUGCAGCACUGCCCAGUCCAACAGCUGAUAAUGUCAUAACAAAAGUAGGACCUAACCUAAAAAUUCCU